CUUCCGCGUCCAUCCGUGUGUGCAUCAAACGUCACACACAAAGCACUGCGGUGACUUGGUGGUCCACUAGUUAAAUGAUCACAUAUCACCCCGCAACACUGGUGCCGUCCCAUGCAGUUGCUUGCGGCAGCAUCGAAAGUCUCACCACACGGAUGCAUGUAUCCGGCUGGCAUGGUGUGCAGAGAGUGAAGAGAGCAGGUGUGUCUGCGGCCGCACAGGGCACCGCGCAGCACACGUAGAUGUGUGCUGGGCGUGACGUGCACGGCGGGUAACGGACCUGCCCACCUCCCAACCCUGCCACCACACCACAGCACACCACACCAAACCAUCGCAGCCCUUCCGAGGCGAAUCAGCUGAGCUGCGUUGCAGCUAAAUGGGUGCGGUGCAUUCACACACACACACCUGAUGCAACCAACACAGCCACGCACUCGCCCACACACACAGAAAUUGCCCAGAUGGAUGCAACAUCUCCCUUCGGGAAGGCACAUACACACACCUCGGGGACACAGAGCGAUCGACCGACACAACAAAAACGCCAUACAACAUACAUAGAUCCCCGCCGUCAAAACGAGUGAGUGCGCCGUCUUGAAAAUCGCCCGCCCGCCUCGUCUACCAAGCACACUGCUGUGGGGCAUGGCGUGUGGGCGCCUUGGCUCUACUUGAACCACUCAUCCAUCAACCACUCAUCCAUCAUCAGCAGGUCAGCUCACAGCAGGGCAUGAAAUGUGAAGGGAUAACGGAUGUGUACAUACUUACAGACAGGGAGGGGAGGGGAGGGAGACGGAUGAGUCAGUCAGUCAGUCAGCUAGACAGCCAGCAUAGGUAGAUUCUAUCUACCAGAGGGUGUGUCCACCGUCGAUGGUCAGGUUGAUGCCCGUGAUGUGGUCCGACGCACUCGACGCCAGCAGCAAUACCGCACCCUGAUGAUGACAUACACCACAACACACACAACACACGUAAUGCACCCUGAUGGAUGGAUGGAUCGGAUCCAUGGCACUCUCUGUCUGGGCGACUGUCACUCACCUGCAGGUCGGUGAAUUCGCAUAGCUUGCCCUGAGGGUUCUGCUCGUACCACAGCGACACCAGCGGCCGCAGCGCCUCGGAGUUCUCAAUCAACGCCGAACGCACGAUGCCCGGAGAGAUGCAGUUGACCUGCACCACACACACCGGCACUCCUCGUGUGGAUGUGCGGGGUGGGUCACACACCUGAAUGUUUUUCUUGGCCCAUUCUGAUGCGAGUGUCUUGGACAGCUGCAGGACGGCGGCCUUUGACGCGUUGUAGGCCGUCUGGUUCUGCGGGUGCGGCACCCACGUGGCGGCCUGAAGAUCGAUCGACACACAGCAAUGGGAUGGAUGGAUGGAUGUCGCCCCUGCGCUGCGUGCUUUGUCUGACCAUUGAUGCGGUGUUGAUGAUUUUGCCUCCUCCCUGCUUCAUCAUCUGCUUGGCCUCGGCCUGGCACCAGAAGAAGGUCGACUCGGUGUUGAGCUUGAACGUCGCCUGCCACUCCUCACGACUCGUGUCGACUGAUCAGCACACCACACACACCACACAGACGCGCGUGGGCGGGCGAAUGGCGCGUGUGCCGCGUCUGUGUUGGCUGAGGACUCACUGGAGUCUGAGUUUUUGUUCAUUCCCGCGUUGUUGAUGGCGACGUCCAGGUGACCAAACGUCUCGACGAUCUUCCCAAUGCACCGCUCGGUGUCCUCCUGACCGACACACAUCAGACGUCAGAGAGGUGAGUGCCACGUGUCUGUCUGUCGGUCGGUCUUGUGGGUGUCCUUACCGCUUUCGUGACGUCGGCCUGCAGGGCGAGUGCGCCGACGCCCUUCUUCAUCAACUCACCGGCCACAUCGGCAGCCUUACCGCCCUGACACACAUGCACACACAGCCACACGGACGGAUGUGUGUCGAACGACGGACAGGGCCACGUCUUCUGUUUGUGCUUUUUUGGCUCACGUCCAGAUCGAUGAGGCAAACACUGGCACCAGCAUCGGCCUGAGAGAGGACAGAGGAGAGGGACAGGUGAGUGUGUAUAGCCUCGACAGGUGCACCGCACCGCUGCAUACCAGUGCGUGUGCGUAUGCUCGUCCGAUGCCCUGGCCGCCGCCCGUGACGAGGGCCACCUUGCCGCGGAGGGACAGACGGUCAAACACACUGGGCGCCUGCAUGACCGCAUCGCCAACCACUUAACACACACAACACAACACAACACAACACGACAUCCAUCCCUUGACGUGGGUGGCUCAGUGUUGUUCUGUGUUGCUGUUUACACUCAGUGGGUUCCCGCCGCACGAGCGUGAGGCCAUCCCUGACACACACAAACACACAUCACGGCCUUGUCCGUCCCUCCAUCCCUCCAUGCAUUCAUCCAUCCGCCCUGUCACCCCUGCACCCAUCCAUCGCACCUGACGGGCAGCAUGACCAUCUCGAAUCUAGGGUCGCUCCGCACCUUCUUGUUGAACUCGCGGAUGGCGCUACCGCCCACGUCAUCGGCGUUGUAGUCACUGUACACCCGGCCCUUCAUCAGCGAGUUGUCGAUGCCGAUCACACCACCCGGCGCAACCAUGUCGCGGUCGAUCAGCAGGUCCCAGUACACCGUGUAGCCCACCUUAUCUGUGCACAAAGAACUCACAAAAAGAGGCACAUGUCCAUCCUUUUCUAUAUGGGUGUGUGUCUGGGGGUCUCUGCUUCACCGGCGUCCAUGAAGACGAAGUCGAAUUUCUUGUCCCGCGUGGACACGUCCAGCUCCUUGAGCGUCUUGGCGGCAUCGCCCAGCUCGAUGCGGAUCUUCUUGCCGUGUGGCGAGCCGGCGAUCCUCUGCUGCACGAAGUCCUUGAGGUACGGCUCGAUCUCGCAGGUCACCACCUGUCCGUCGUCGGGCACCCCCUCGGCCAUGCAGAGUGCACCGAAGCCAGUGAACAUGCCGAUCUCGAGGACACGCUUGGCCCGCAUGAGCUUGACGAGCAUCUUCAGGACCACGCCCUCGUGCUGGUUGGUCACCAUCUCCUUUUUGAGCUUGAAUUGCGUCUUGCCCGCCAUGUACACCUCCGACCAGGGGUGCACGACCGAGUCCUGCCAGAUCUUCUGAGCCACGUCCGACGCCUGCAAAGAGGAGAGCAGUGGCAGCAGCGCGGGGCAUGAGCAAGCGCGUGGUUCCGGGCGCGCGUGUGUGUUUGUUGGCCUACCGGUGUGGAAACUUGCUCGAGGUACGGGUCAAGGCCGCGCACGAUGCCCAAUGCAUCCUUGACGUGCUCUUUCACCUUGGCCACGUCACUGUCGGGCGUCUCGAGCGCUGCCUUCAGCAGGAAGGUGGCCACCUCCUGCACCAACACACAUUCACAUGCUCGUGAUUUACGGCUUCUGUCUGGCUACCGGCGUCGUGCGGUUACCAUUGGUGUGUCUGGCUGUCCUGUGGCAUUGAUGUCGCCGUUCAUCCCAUUCAUCUCUUCGUGUCUCUUCACCGCGGGCAUAUUUCGAAGCAGCGUGCACUUUGAAACGACGGCUUCUGCAGAUCUGAGCAGCUCUCAACACCACUACAACUGGUGGACGACGACAUACG